AUGACUACUGAAGUUAAGCCAACCAAGCCUUUAACUAGUUUCUUUCUGUUCAAAAGGGACAAUCAGGCUAAAGUCGCUGAAUUUCCUCGAGGUGAGCAAGCAAAAGAACUGGGCAGGCUUUGGCAGGAGCUUUCUGACGACGAAAAAAAUGCAUACAGCAAACGGCACAAAGAUGCUAUGGAGCAGUAUACUUAUGACUUAGAGCAGUGGUACCUAGCUCAUCCGGAAGAGCGGAUCAAAGACAAAGAAGAGGCAGAGCGUCAGCGGCAGAAGAAUAGAGAGAAAAAGGAGAAGGAGAAAGAAAAGCGCCCUGGUCAGCAAUCUGCAAAGGUCGCCCAGAAAAGAAGCAAGGCAGCUGACGCGGACAAUUUACUAAUGUGCUUUACAGUGGCACAGCUCAAAAAGCGCCGCCUAGAAUUCAGUGAUGUUCCAAUAUAUCCUACAAACACCGUCAAGCGGACCAUAAAGACGGCUCUUAACGAGAUGAGUGAUGCAGAUAAAGAGUUGUGGCUCAAUUUCUGGUACGACCUUGACGAGGAGAACAAAAAUAAAGUCAAACAAUUCUACCUAGAAUGGAAGGAGCUCAAAGCUAAGGACUAA